UAUAUUUUUUCCCGACUAUGGCCUCGCAGGACGCUGACAGUGGACUCGAACCGAAUGAUUAUUCCGGACCUGAGAGCGUAUUCAGAUUCUCCAAGACUGGACCAGGAGUGCCGAUCACAAUGAUCAAUUUGAAUCAAAAUACGCAAUCGUCAAUCCACUGCAUUCAAGACACACCGCUGAAAGCCGGUCGCAGUAUUUCUCAAUAUAGUGAACGCAUUGUCGAGGAAAUAGUAAACGCUAUUAUAACGGAGCACCGUGGACACUUUCAUGAGACAUCGUCGACCUGUGACAUUUCCAAUUUCGGGGAGUCCGCACAAAAAGAAACUGAAUCGCAUGUGGACAAGCGGCUGGAGUAUUGGCAUGAUAUGUUGCAGACACGUCGUAAAAUGCAGAAACGUGUCCAGGUACAGACGGGCAAAAGCCCAGAGCAGGUGCUCUUCAAUCGUUCCUCAACGCUUGAUAAUCGCGACAAGGAGACGGUAAAACGACUCAUGGACUACGCGGACCGUUUACAGCCCGAAAACCUGGCCAACAAGCCAAUCAGUGUUCUAGUACAGCGUGAGGACCCCUGCACUUGCAAUCUAAUCGAACCCGUACCCGAAACCUGGCCAAAAGCCGAAAUGCUGGGUGAAAAAAAUAUAGAGAUCGUCGGACUGCCAAAAGUAGUGCAAGAAGAGCUGUUAGGCUCAGAGGCAGCCAAUUAUCAGCUGCGCCGUUGGAAUUGGAUGAAUUCGAAAGUGCUGAAUGAUCGAAUCGGUGAGAAAUUCAAUGACAUAUCGAAAGUGGUGAAUUUCUUUCCCGAUCUGGAUCGUCUGCAGGUGAAGGGCAUAAGCAUAGCCAAUAUAAAGCCCAAGUCUAAAAUUGAGCAGAUCGGCGAGGACCUUAUGCAGUCUUUAUCAAGCAGCACCGAGAAAAUGAGCGAAGAAGAACAAUUAACGUUCAAUGAAUACUGGACGGAACCAGUGUUAACGGAACUCGAUCUGGAGCCACAACGUCCAGACCUAGCACUCAAAGUAAAUGGUCAGGAAUAUGUUGUGGGUGAGAAACCCUUACCCCAAUGCUUUGAUGCAUUAACGAAAUUCACUUGCGAACCGUACCAGCGGCGCUCUAAGGUUGUGCUCAAGCUGCAGAACAUUGGCAGGCAAACUUUGUCGUUUCGCUGGACGCAGGGUAUCUAUUACUACAAUUGCGGCUCACUGCUGCUGGCCAAGGACAAUGAGUUCUUCUUCGAUACGGACAGCUUUCGACUGACCACCAACCAGUGCUAUGACGUGACUGUCUUGUAUCAACCACGGAAGGUGUGCAUAGCCGUUGAGCUCUGGCGUCUGCAGGUGGAGCCGCGCAUAUUUUGUGGCCACCAUGAGUCGAUACAGCUGCGUUUCCAUGGCCGAUGCACGGCGCCCAAAGAGUACUUAGCCCGAAUCAAGGAGCUCCAUUCCAAUACAAUUUACUUUGCAAACACAGUUGUGAUGCAACAGCUGACAGAACAUCUGGGCGAUCUGGUGCCGCUGAUUGAGCCACCGCCUGCGUGCUGUCCCUACGAUCGCACUCUCGAUGAACGGGAAAUGUUCAACUCUUUGAAUCCAGGAUAUAAUUGUGUGCGUUUCGACGAUCUGGAGGUGCUCAAGGGCAUGUACAAGCUUCUAAAGAAACCGCGCGAGAAGCCCUGGGAUCUCCGUUUGGAAUCCAUCAAAAUGCUGAUCAUGCGCAUGGAAAACGCGCUAGAGCGUACGAAAAUGUUUAAAAAACUGAUGAUCCUACAGGAGCCGCUGUUGGGCACAGCACCCACCCUGGACAUGGUGUCUCUACUGAAUGAGCAGAAACAGCGUACUAGAUUCAUUUAUGUACGCGGCGCCAUAUGCAAUGGCAUCGAGGAAUGGGAGGAUCUCAUCUUUGUCGUCGAGGAAUCUUUCUACAAGCCUGAACUGCAUCGCUACUAUAUGCACCUCUUAGAAGAGGGCGAUGAGGAGGCGAAUAAUGAGGAGACGCAAGCAGUUGCGCCCGAAUAUGAGUCCAGCUUGGAGCCUAGAAUCGAGCAGCUUCUGAAUGAAAUCGAGACCGAUAGGAGGGUCAAUGUAGCGGUCAUGAGGAAGCUGCAUCGCUCCAAAUAUUUUCGUGACUCCCUCUACAUACAAACCUAUUCGCAUUUGUGCAAUAUUGCCGAAAAUAUUGUUUCGAUCAUUGAGAGCACUGAGCUGGUGCCCACCUAAACUGCAAAGUUAAUCUUCAGUUUAAUUGUCGUUUAAUUGAUACCAGCUGAAAUUCCUAGUUAUAACAAAGAACCACAAUAUAGCCCAACUAUGUACCUUGAUUGACCUAAACUGAAUUACAUCAAUUAUUAUUCACAUUGUUGCUGCCUGAUUUGAUUGUCAGUUCAAAAUCAGAUGAGAAUACACUCAUAAUCGU